CGUCACCAUGACAAAAUGAGUUUCACCUCCCAGUAUUGUUGACAGAGGAGGCAUGUUGCACAUGGUUAAGUAUUGGCUGAGAGACUAGUGGCUCCUACUCUACGGUACAACAGAUUUUCUCAAAUUGAAAAGGUCCACCGACCCCGGCUUUACUUGAUGGACUAGGCUUCUCUGGAUUUUCAUGUCUCUAGAGUAUCUGUUCUGACCCUUGGUGCAUGCAACUGGGUGUGCUGGAUGGGGUUGUCUUCCAGAUUCACACUGUCCACUUUUCCACUCUGACAAAGCUUACUACUGGCUAGAAUGAAGCCGUGAUGGGUUUGAUGGGGCUGACUUGUGUUGGGGCUUUAGACCGAUACCAAACACACCUUCAUGCUUUUUAAGAACACAAUUUCUGCCGUGACAUGGCCGGGAGUCAGAAUAACUACUGGGGACAGCAUGACCUAAACAGAGCGUGCUUUGGCCUGAGUGCUGGCAUGGAACACAACCCGACGGAGCUUCAACAACAGCAAAUGGCCAAGGAAUUUAACUCUUUCCCAGGCAGCAUCUCCCUCUCCCAGCCUCCUUUCUACUCUGAUACCUCCCGCCUAACGUGUGAUAACAUACUGCAGCACCAUGAGGGAGACCAGGUGGUCCCUUCUUCCCAGAGACAAACCGUGUUUGGGAGCCACCAGAGAGAAGCCAAACCCUUGCCGCCUCUGCCUGACCAUGAGGAGCUCAUGUCUGAUGAGGCAGCCGAUAGCGAGGUGGAGUUUUUUACCAGUGACCGACGUCGCCUUUUGCCCAAAAGCUGCCCCAAGGCCAUGUGCAGGGGCACGAACAGAGACUGUGGGCAAGUUAAUUACGCCUACCAGGAGAGCUUGUUGCCGGCUGGUGGUGCUGGGAUUGGCUCAAUGGCUUUCUCAUGGCCAGGCAGAGAGGACAGACCAACAGGGAGGUGGGUUUGGAGCCAACAUCUGGGCAUCAGCUCUCCAGAAGGAAGAGAAGACCACCCACAUGUGGUGUCAGCAGGGGAUUCGUUGUGUAGCAAACAGCCAGACCAACACCAAUCACCCAGACUCCGGUUUUCCUGUUCAGGCCCUGCUUCUCUGCCUCUACACAGCAGCACCACAACCUGCCCCACUGACAAGCCACAAAUCCCUCCUCGUAUCCCCAUCCCGCCAAAACCUCCUGCUCUCUUAAGGACUGUGACCCCCAACGAGGAAGACAAGCCUCCCAAAAUUCCACCAAGGGUCCCCUUAGUCCCACCCUGCCCACCACGUACCCCAAGCCCCAAAAGCCUUCCAAUUUAUAUCAAUGGUGUGAUGCCUGCCACACAGAGUUUUGCUGCUAACCCAAAAUAUGUGAGCAAGGCAUUACAGGGGCAGCAGAGUGAAAGGGCGCCACCUGCAGCUCCAUUAUCUCCCUGCAUUGUUCCCAUUUUGAAGGAUGGCAGACAGGCCAGCGCUACGCACUACAUCCUCCUGCCACCUGACCGACCAGCGUACUCGGACAGACGAGGAAGACUCCUGAGUGAACCGGCCAGGACAGGAAACGGCAGCGUCUGGCAGAACACAUAGAAACCCUAGCUUAUGUCACUGUCUGACACUUGACGAGUACAAAACUGUGACAUAUAAAUCAUAAAUAACCAUGUGAUACACUAUUGUAUAUAGUGCGUCGUAUAGGUGUUCUUUUUAAUGACUGAUGUAUUUCAAGGUCACUUAUGUCAAACAACACUGAGGUUUUUGUCAAUUUUUAACUGAACUUUUUAACUGGUCAGUAUUUUGCCGACGUCCCCUGAAGUUCAUCCUGGAAAACAUUCCAGCAUUUUCACUAAUAGUGGAGACUUUUUUACCUCUUAUAACCAUUUUUCUCACAGGGAAAAUGUCUCAUUGCUCAUUGAUUGUUAAGUCUGACAGUCAUAUGCUCAUAUCACUUAAACAACCUGAGCUACUACUAUAUUUUUUUUUCGUGAGCAAAUAAUUACUGUAUGUACAAGCUGGGCUUGUACCAAACUGUUCAUUCCGUGUGUGUGUUUUUUAUGACAUUGCUGCUUGAAAUCUUAAGUAUAAUGUAUUGAUAGAUUUAAUGUUUUACCGAAUCAUUCUCACAUUAAGAUUUAUGAUAAAUUUAGCAAUAAGGGUAAAAUAAGAAUGACACAACAAAACAUUAACAUGGUUUGUGCAUGCCUUUUGCAGCUAUCACUAGCAGAAAGCUGAUCACUUUA